AUGGCUCCAAAGCGCUCUGGAGAGAUGCUGGCCUCAAAGCCGGCUACGCGAAGCCCUGGCAGGUGCCCUGCCAUCGCCGAGGACAGGCUGAGCUCGCUGCAGGACCGCCACCUCCACAGAAUCAUGUCGUUCCUCACGGCGAGGCAGCCCGUGCGGACGUGCGUGCUGUCGCGGAGGUGGAGGAACCUCUGGCGCUCCAUGCCCUGCCUCGACAUCGACCAGCGGGAGUUCGACGCCGCGGCACCGGGGGCGGCUAGGGGCGACCGCGUGGCCUGGGAGUGCGGCAGGUUCGUGGAAUUCGUCGAUUGCCUGCUGAUGCUCCACGGCGCAUCGUCACUGGACAGGUUCCGGUGCCAUGUCACUCACGGAUACGAGUUUAAAGUCGUCGACCGAUGGAUCCGCCAUGGCAUCAACUGCAACCCUGCGGUCAUGGAGAUUUCGUGGUCUUCCUCCACUGCAUUCUUUUCUGGGCUACCUCAUUCAGGCUCCACUGGAUGUCGCCUCAAAAGGUUGCAUCUUGCUGGGAUUGCUUUGGACACGGGUUUCGCACGGCAACUCCGGUCUGGCUGCCCUGUCCUGGAAGAUCUGCAGCUCGAGAGGUGUCUUCUUGAUUCUCCGGAAAUCACGUCUCACACCCUGAAGAGCUUAAUAGUCACCGAUUGUACAAGUUACUUUGAUACUGUGCUGACGAUCACAUCUCCAGCUCUGGCUUCUUUCCACUUGGCCAUUACUACGACUGGAUCUAACUGGAGGGGCAUUAUAGUGAAUGAGAUGCCUUCCCUUGUCAAAGCAUCGAUUCGUUCAGAAUCUCCUGUUGCCUCGUGCAAGCUUCUUUGCAGCCUAGUUCACGUGGGAACGUUAGAACUGUCUGGUUCAAAAACAUUGAACAUACCAUCAAUGUUCGAAGACGAACCCGACGGCGAUGUCCAGAACGCCGGCGGCGGAGUCGUGGACGAGCCGGAGGGGUUCGAAGUCGAGGGCGUUGACAGCGUGGCGCCGGGGUGA